CCACCGGUUCAAGAGAUGAGUGCCUCUGACCACAGCUCUGUCCCCGUCUCACACCAUAGCUCUGAUCUUGAGAUGAGGCCAUUGUAGUACGCAAGUCUCUGCCCUACGUUUUUAUUCGUUUAGAUAUUACAAAGGACCACAUAAGAAGAAGAAGAAGAAGAUGAUCGGAAAAGAGUACGACUUACCUGUGUCAACAACGGCGGCGGAGACACGAGUUUCUGCGUCGCUGCCACGUUUUCAGGCGAGUGUUGAAGGGUUACGUAGACGGAAGAGCUUGGCUGGAGCCGGACAGAGAGAUAUCUUUUAUGGAGAAGAUGACGUGGCGGAUUUGAUGUUUAGAGAAGAGGAAGUGGAACAGGACACCGUCAUGAGAGCUUACAGAAGCAACGAAGCCAUGAAAUCUAUCCAAGACACCAGACGAAGUCGAACAAGGUUCUCUUGUUUUCAAUGUUUUGACUUUCUCAAACUUUUCUUCUCUAGAGAUCGCCGCUAAUACAAUUAUUUAUUUAUUUUUUCUCUUGUAUAAAACAUUGUUUCUUGUAUAUUCUUUAGUGAAAAGCAAAACAAAAAAAAAAGCAUGGACACAAGAGUUUUUAUUAUACAUAACAACAGAACAUUGCAAUACAUAUGAUUUUACAA